GCUGAAGGCGGACGUUGCGGGCGACGACACACACUCACCCUCAACCCUCUGCCUGCGACAGCGACGAUGAUCAUCUGCAUUGGGCCCGUGUGCAUCCCGCUUUGGGGCCUGUUCCCCUUCCUCUUGGUUCUGCUCUCAAAGGCAUGGGCAAAGAUCAAGUCUUGGCUCGGGAUUGAGACUGCGGCAGCACCGGAGACACCGGCAGAGGAGCAGAAGGAGACUACAAGCAACGUCCUCCACAGCGACAAGGACGACAAGGGCACCAGGAAGACUGCGAUUGAGGCCAGCAGCGGCGAUGCCACCGAGGAGGCGGCAUCAAAGGCAGCGUCAGACACAGACGGCCUGCGUGCCAGGAAACCAGACAAGUUCAAGGCGGUGGUGCAAGUGGAGAGUGUCAAACACUUUCAGGACCUGAUGCGGGAAGCCACGGACAAAGGCUGGCCACUCGUCGUCAAGUUUACGGCUGUCUGGUGCAAGCCCUGCAAGGCAAUUCAGCCGCACUACCAGCAGCUCGCCGCCAAGCUCCCAGGCAUCUUCCUGCAGGUGGACGUGGACGAGGUGGAUGAGCUGGCUGACCGUUAUCGUGUCAACGCCCUGCCCACCUUCCUCGUCGUCAAAGACAGAAAGCGGCUGUUCUCGAGUGUUGUCAUUUCCCAGGAGGAGCUCACGAGUGUUCUGCAGCAGCACUGCUCAUAACCAGUCUUGCCAACGACGACGAUGAUGAUGAUGAUGCUCAUUCCACCCACGCAAACGCCCCUAAUCCCUACUACCACUCUUCAGGUUGCGUUACGAUUAAACGAUAUAUUGCAGA